AUGGAUGAGCAACAGUUUGUCCAGCUCCUCGAGGGCCUCUUGGAGCCUAACACCGAGCGUGUCAAGGCCGCUACUUCCACCCUGAACAAGAGCUACUACAGCUCUCCUGCCUCUCUCAAUGCCCUGCUUCAAAUUCUCUGCGCUCACCCCAAGCCUGCGCUGCGCCAAUUGGCUGCCGUAGAGGCUAGGAAGCUCGUGACAAAGCACUGGGCAAACCUCCCCGCUGAACAAAAGGCUUCCCUUCGCAACCAGAUCUUUCAGUUCACACUCAACGAAGAUGUCGCCCUUACCCGCCACUCUGCUGCCCGCGUCAUUGCUGCCAUCGCAGCCAUAGACUUCGAGGAUGGCGAGUGGGCUGACCUCCCCGGAUACCUCCAGCAAGCUGCUACCAGCGCCAACGUCCGACAACGUGAGGUUGGCACCUACAUCAUCUACACAACUCUCGAGUCGGUGGGUGAUUCCUUCCCUGCUAAGCCUGCCGAUCUGUACAAGUUGUUCAGCUCCACUAUCCAAGACCCAGAGAGUGUCGAGGUCAGGAUCAACACCAUGCUUGGUCUCAGCCGCCUGGCCAUGCUCUUGGAGCCCGAUGAGGACCCCAAGGCACUCGCUUUAUUCCAGGCAUCCAUUCCUGCCAUGGUCAACGUUCUCAAGGCUACCGUCGACGAGGGUGAUGAGGACCGUGCUAUGCAGGCAUUCGAGGUCUUCCAGACCCUUCUCGGCUGCGAGUCUGCGCUAUUGGCAAAGCAUUUUGGCGACCUUGUCAAAUUCAUGCUGGAACUUUCCUCUAGCACAAAUGUCGAGGAUGACUACCGCUCCCAGGCUCUUGCCUUCCUCAUGCAAUGCGUCCGUUACAGGAGGCUCAAGAUCCAGGGUCUCAGGAUUGGAGAAGAGCUGACCCUCAAGGCUCUGCACAUCGUCACCGAGCUGGGUGAUCUGUCAAGUGAAGACGAAGACGUCACUCCUGCCCGCUCGGCUCUUGGCCUUCUUGAUAUCCUCGCUUCCAGUCUGCCUCCAAGCCAAGUAGUCAUUCCUCUGCUUAAGAACCUCGGCCAAUACUUCCAAUCACAGAACCCUGACUAUCGCCAAGCUGGUAUUCUGGCUCUGGGUAUGUGUGUUGAGGGCGCACCUGACUUCAUUGCCACUCAGCUUCACGAGAUCUUGCCUAUGGUCCUUCACCUGCUUGAAGACCCUGAGCUCAAGGUCCGGGCUGCUGCUCUCAAUGGUGUUGCGCGCUUAGCUGACGACCUUGCCGAGGAUGUUGGCAAAGAGCAUGCCCGUCUCAUUCCCGCCAUGAUUAAGAAUUUUGACCUUGCUGCUAGCAACUUGCAAGGCACAGAAGAUGAUCGCAGCCUCUCAAUUAUCCGUGGUAGCUGCCACGCUAUUGACUCCCUCAUCGAGGGUCUGGAGCCUGAGGAUGCUGCCACAUACGUGCCUGAGUUGGUACCACGUUUCAGCAAGCUUUUCCAUCACGAAGACCUCAAGGUCAAGAGUGCUGCUAUUGGUGCCGUUGGCUCCAUCGCCUCUGCCGCUGAGAAGGCGUUCAUUCCCUUCUUCGAACAGACCAUGAAUGAACUGUCGCCAUACGUAAGAAUCAAGAACAGCCAAGACGAACUUGACCUUCGUGGCGUCACCUGCGAUUCGAUGGGCAAAAUGGCAUCUGCUGUUGGCCCAGGGCCAUUCGAGCCUUUUGUCCUGCCACUGAUGGAGGCUUCUGAAGAGGCCCUGCAUCUCGACCACCCCCGCCUCAGGGAGACCAGCUACAUCCUCUGGAGUACCAUGGCCAAGGUCUACGAAGAACAAUUCGCUAAAUACCUCCCGGGCGCUGUCAAGGGACUCCAGGACUGCCUUGAUCAAGAAGAAACUGGUCUCGAUGUCGAGCUUGGGGAGGAGGCUGCCGACUUGGCCGGAUCUGAAGUUGUCAUUCAAGGUCGCAAGAUCAAGGUUGCUGUACCCAGUGAUGACGGUAGCGAUCUCAACGAGGCUGCAAUGGAUGACGACGAUUCCGAUGACGACUGGGAUGACCUUGAGGGCAUCAGCGCCGUUGCCAUGGAAAAGGAGAUUGCUGCUGAAGUUUAUGGCGACAUCAUCACUCACACUCGCCGUGAAUACAUUCCUUACAUGGAAGCCACCGUCACCAAGCUGCUUGAGCUUGUGGACCACCCGUAUGAGGGUAUCCGCAAGGCUGCGCUUGGUACCCUAUGGCGAACAUACGCCUGCCUCUUUGGCAUGGCCGAGGGCGAUGGUAUGGCAAAGUGGAAGCCUGGUCUUCCUCUCGCUGUCGAACCACCAGAGGAGCUCCGCAAGCUGGGCAACCUCGUUAUGACUGCAACCAUGACUGUCUGGCAAGACGAAAUGGAUCGGUAUGUAAUGUUCAUUUCCUCAAACCUUUUUUGCAAAGAUGACACACUAUUCGUUAAUCCCAGCUCACUCCGAUGCACAAAUGGCACUGUCACUGACAUCAACCGUGAUGUCGCAGCAACUCUCAAGCUGUGCGGACCUGCAGUGUUGCUCACCGAAAAUGGCACAGUGGUACCUGACAUGUGCCAGCAUCUGCUUGCUGUCAUCACUAAACGCCAUCCUUGCCAGCAAGAUCUCGGCGACGAUGCUGAUGAGGACAUCCUUGACGAAUCCUCAGAGUACGACUGGCUCGUCAUCGAGACGGCAUUGGAGGCUGUCACAUGCCUGUCCGUUGCCCUUGGCUCGCAGUUUGCCGAGCUCUGGAAGAUGUUUGAGAAGCCUAUUGUCAAGUAUGCCAGCAGUCAAGACUCGACGGAGCGAAGCGCUGCCGUUGGUACUAUUGCUGAGUGUGUUGGUAACAUGGGUGCUGCCUGCACACCCUACACCAGCGGCCUACUCAAGCUGCUUCUCCACCGUUUGUCGGAUGAGGAUCCUGAGACCAAGUCCAACGCCGUCUAUGGCAUGGGUCUGUUGUGCGAGAUGACGACCAACGAUGACGAGAUUCUCAAGUCGUUGUCUAGCAUCUUCUCCAAACUUGAGCCUCUGCUCGGGGCACAGGACCAGGCUCGUCUGCUCGACAACACAGCAGGCUGUGUUAGCCGGUUUAUCAGCAAGCACCCUGGCAAGCUGCCCAUUGUGGAGAUUCUUCCACGGUUGGUGCAGCUCCUCCCCCUUCGCGAGGAUUACGAGGAGAAUAAGCCAGUAUUCGGCAUGAUCGUCAAGCUGUACCAGCAAAACGAGCCCACUGUCCAACAGCUCACUCCACAAUUGAUGCCCAUCUUUGAGAAGGUGCUCAGCCCUCCUGAUGAGCAGCUGGAGGAUGAGACACGCUCGCAGCUUGUUGAGCUAGUGCAGUACCUGCGCAAGUAA